AAGAGCUGAAGAACAAUGCUGAGGUUUGCUAUCACCCUCCUUGCUGUCAUAACAUCAUCCACCUGCCAAAAAUAUGGAUGUCUCGAAGGGGACACCCAAAAACUGAAGCCAAGUCCUGAGCCAAAUAUGCAAGAGUGCACUCWGUACUCUAAAGCUUCCUGUUGCUAUGCAGACUUCACAGAGCAAUUGGCUCAUUCCCCGGUAAUUAAAGUAAGCAACAGCUACUGGAACAGAUGUGGGCAGCUCAGUAAAUCCUGUGAAGAUUUCACAAAGAAAAUYGAGUGCUUUUACCGGUGUUCUCCACAUGCUGCUCGCUGGAUCCAUCCCAACGACACUGCUGCUAUUCAGGCUGUUCCAUUGUGUCAAAGCUUUUGUGAUGACUGGUAUGAAGCCUGCAAAGAUGAUUCCAUAUGUGUUCGUAACUGGCUGACGGACUGGGAAUGGGAUGAAAGUGGAGAAAACCACUGUAAGAAUAAAUGUGUUCCAUACAGUGAGAUGUACGCGAAUGGGACUGACAUGUGCCAGAGUAUGUGGGGAGAGUCAUUUAAGGUGAGCAAAUCCUCCUGCCUCUGCUUGCAAAUGAACAAGAAGGACACGAUUGCAAUCAAGUAUCUCCUCUCCGGAAGCUCAGAGGAAAGCUCUAGCAGCAGCAGCAGCAGCAGUGAGGAGCAUGCCUGCCAAAAGAAACUCCUGAAGUUUGAGAAACUAAAGGGAGAGGAAGGUGAACAGACAAGAUAAAUGCUAGUGGAUGUAUGUCAGGACAAGAGAWAUCGYCGUGGAGGCUGGGCUCGGGGCAUCAUGCCAGUCUGCUUUAUCCCUUGCUUUCUAGAAUGUAAUAAAUCAAUGGUUGUAUUAAUCUUCCUCUGAUGUUUUUGCAUCUGCAUCACAAAGCUCCAGACAGGUUAGCACAGGUGUAAACUUGUGACUUGAACUGAGCAGCCACAAGCCUGAAGGAAACAACUAGGGGUUGACUUUCAAAGAGAAGAGGCACAGGCAGCCUCUGCUGACUUAAGGUGGAACAGAGAACUGGAGUCCCCUGGAAGGUCACGCCUGCCAGUAAUGCACCAGAUCUUCAACCCAAACACUYCAUUAGCACAGGCACAGCACUCCUGUCACGAGUUCCUGUGUGCCUGGCUCCACUCAGAUAAAGAAGAAAUUUUCAGGCAGAAAUAGGUCAGCGAGCCUGGCUACUGACCACUGAAAAUAUAUUUAUUUUGUAUCUUAAAAACAGGGCUUUAUAGUGUACCACAUAAAUCUCUGGAUCCAAAUAUUGUCAGUAUACAGCAUGCACGGUCUGUUGCACAGGGCUUUCACCUUAAGCAAGAGCAGUAGAAAAGUCUCCUACAGUAUCAAUUUAAAGCAUAAUUUUGAGUGCAAUUAUUCCCACUGAAUUAUUCCAAACAUAAUGGUCUCCAGCAAACCAAAGUGUCAGAGACAGCCCCAGUCAGGUUUGUCCCAUCAGUAAUUCUGCUUUCCAGCAUCACUGUUACAGUCAAACUAAAAACAAAAUCUGCACCAGUCCCAGAAGGAUUUGUCAGGUAAAUGAUGUAUGAAGUCCUGUUUUCAGUUAUGCAUCCAUACUUCCUCUGACUCACUGUAGAGUGGACAGGUCUGUGCCAUUCUGUGCAGCCAUUUGCAGUGCCAUCACCACAGAAACCAAGAGAAGGGAUGCAUUUGGGGGUCACAUUACCAAAUUGUGAAAAUCAGCAUCAUCUUGGUGCUUCCAGAGGAUCUGAUUGCCUUACAGCAUUUCAGCAUCUGGUCCACAGUUAAAACAAUGACUUGGCACACCCUGUUAAACCGGGAGAAUCUUAAAAAUCUAACACACUUUCUUCACUGGGCUGUUUAUUUAUUGGGAUGGUUUCACACAGCUGCAAUAGUAAUGCUAAACCCAUUAGGUCAUGCUCUGCUUCCAACCGGCUUCUCAGAACAUUUAACAAUGGACUAGUUCCUACCAGCACUGAAUUGUUUUUAGAAUUAUACUUUGCCACAUCUGUAUUUUGUGCUAAUUCAAUUUGUCRGUUCUACUGUUAGAAAAAGAAAGAACAAGAAUUUCAUGUUCUGUAAAGCUCUGACAGUCCUUUUCUCCUCUUUCACUCUCUUCUUUCCUGUCCUUCUUUAUUGCACCUGAAUUAGAGCAGAAAUUUUCCUGCAUUUUAUUUUGUUAUGCUCAAAAUUCAAGAAUCCCUCUCACUGCCAUAACACCAACUUUUUCUGUAUCACCAUGGACAAACAUUUUCUUCAUGUGUUUGUUAAGUAUAGCACAAUUGUUUCUGCCUGUGUCUGCUCUUUUUUUUCUCAUUCCACUUUAUUCUCUUUGCUCUGACUAAAUUACUCUUGAAACCACUCUCAACAAACAAACUCCUCCAUGCUUCAUUUCAGGAUGACCCAUAAGACUGAUUAUUGCAUGCUUUUGAAGAGCAUUGGGUCCUACAGCAAGAUAAAGGACCAAGAAAGACCAUUUUGCUCCUAUUUAUCACUUUCCCACUGACUCAUGRUGCACCCUAAGUAAACCAUUUAACUGUUUUGUGACCCAAAUAAUUUUGCAGAGCUACCAUAUUUCCUCUAGGUCGUUUCUUUCCUAGGACAAAACUUCAAGAACUUCUCAGCUGUCCCUAUGGACAGUUUUCUACUCUACAGCUCCCUGGUCCCAGAAGUGUGAACAGKGAUCUUGGCUCUCAGGCCUAUUGCUUUGCACUUUCUUGUAUUACGAAACCUUGACAUGAAUAUACCAAGCUUUUAAGCCACUGGUUUGCUCUAUCUAGUUGCUUUGUAUACCCAGUCAUUUACACCUUAAAGAACCUUUGUGACACUCAGAAAUGCUAUCAGUAGGUAUUUCAAUUUACAGAAAAGCUAGGAUAGUUCAAGUAAAGCAAAAUGAAAAAUAACACAAAUGGCUAUAAAACAGACUACAGCAGUACACUGUGAAGGUAACCAGGGAAAAGAAAGAUCCAAGUUACUGGUGCCUGUAGACAUCCCCAGUUAAUGCUGCUCUGAUUAGGUAAGUGCCUCUAUGCAUCAUAGCCCAAAAGCACACRUCCUGCCUCUGGAGCCACGCUGCCCCAGCCCACUGAAAUGCCUCUGUAUUGAGUGACAUUAGGCUUGACUAAGAUCUUUAUUAAAAUGUCACAAUGGUAGUCAAAUGCUUUGUGAAAUAGGUUGGGAAAUAUGUUCCUACACCAAUCUGAGGAAACAGAUUUAAAAYCCUUAUCAAUAAAUUAAACUCGACUUAUCAACAAGAGAGCAUUGAUAAAAGUAAAAAUUAAUGCCAAUUAUUGACUUAUUAACAAGCUGGCUAAAAAUCAGCUUUUGUACUCUGCUACUUGGGCCUGGUGUCAUGUUACCCAGCUAAGCUGGGUCAUCCUGAUUGUUCUGUUUGUUUAGUUUUCUUUCCUUAAACAUUGGCAGAAUACUGUGAGUCUUCUGAAAUUUCACUGACAUGCCAGGAUUUCUUACAAAUCAGAUCUCUCAUGACAGUUCUGUUAAGAGUUUUU